AAGUGUGUGAAAGCUGUUCGGUUCCCAAGACAACCGCAUUCCUGUCUGGAGUCUGUCUGGCUAUAAAUAGUUGGGGGUGAUGAUGAAUGACACACACCUGCCAUAAAACUGGACAUGAUGCAGUCCUCCUCUCUGACCGAGCGCGAGAAGGUCAUCCCCGCAGCUGACGGCUGUUUCCUGAUGUGGCGGGACUACAUGGACCUUCACAAGACACUAUCGCAGCUGCUUCAGCAUCGAGACGGAGCACAAGACGCAGAUGUCAGCGGGACGCCCGCGGAGGGUUUCAUGAGAGCCGGCUCCAGCACCUCCGCCUCCUCCAGCCUCGAAAUGCAGACCCCGCGGGACCUCUGCGGAUUCUGCCGACAAAACGGAGAGACGCCGCUGGUGUACAGGAGUCACAAACUUAAAGCCCAAGACGGCCGCAUCCUCUGCCCGAUCCUGCGAAGCUAUGUGUGUCCGUUCUGCUCCGCCACCGGAGACUGGGCGCACACCCGCAACUACUGUCCGAGGAUAAACACACCGAUGACCGGCGACUCGUGAAUCAGUGGACUCUGUCAGCACUGUACGUUUGUGUUCGUUUGUUAUAAAAAUAUGUUCAAAAAAAGAAAGUUGUUUACCUGUUAAUGGUUGAAAUGUGUUUUUAUGAUUAAUAUGCGUUUUUAUGAUUAAAAAUUAAAAUGUUUUUCUAGUGCAUCAAAAACAGGUUUUCUUCUUUGAAUUGUAUUUAAAUUAAAUUUAUUUUAAAACCACAAAAUCAACACCUGCUGACUGUAAAAUUGU